AUGCAAAAACUAGCAAUCUAUGUUUAUAUUUACCUGUUCAUGCUGAUUUCAGUUGAUCCAGUGGCUCUUGAUGACAGUAAUCAGCCCACAGAGAACGCCGAAAAAGAUGGACUGUGCAACGCUUGUACGUGGAGACAGAAUACAAAAUCUUCCAGAAUAGAAGCCAUAAAAAUUCAGAUCCUCAGCAAACUGCGUCUGGAACAAGCUCCUAACAUUAGCAGGGAUGUUAUUAAACAACUUUUACCCAAAGCUCCUCCACUACAGGAACUGAUUGAUCAGUAUGACGUCCAGAGAGACGACAGUAGCGAUGGCUCUUUGGAAGAUGAUGACUAUCAUGCCACCACCGAAACGAUUAUCACAAUGCCUACAGAGUCUGAUUUUCUUGUACAAAUGGAGGGAAAACCAAAAUGUUGCUUCUUUAAGUUUAGCUCUAAAAUACAAUAUAACAAAGUAGUAAAGGCACAAUUGUGGAUAUACUUGAGGCAAGUCCAAAAACCUACAACGGUGUUUGUGCAGAUCCUGAGACUCAUUAAACCCAUGAAAGACGGUACAAGAUAUACUGGAAUUCGAUCUUUGAAACUCGACAUGAACCCAGGCACUGGUAUUUGGCAGAGCAUUGAUGUGAAGACAGUGUUGCAAAAUUGGCUCAAACAGCCUGAAUCCAAUUUAGGCAUCGAAAUAAAAGCUUUUGAUGAGAAUGGACGAGACCUCGCUGUAACUUUCCCAGGACCAGGUGAAGAUGGAUUGAACCCCUUUUUAGAGGUGAGAGUUACAGACACACCAAAACGGUCCCGCAGAGAUUUUGGCCUGGACUGCGAUGAGCACUCGACAGAAUCCCGAUGUUGUCGCUACCCACUGACGGUGGAUUUCGAGGCGUUCGGCUGGGACUGGAUUAUCGCUCCUAAGAGAUACAAAGCCAAUUACUGCUCUGGAGAGUGCGAGUUUGUCUUUUUACAAAAGUACCCCCACACACACCUGGUGCACCAAGCCAACCCCAGAGGCUCGGCAGGCCCUUGCUGUACACCCACCAAGAUGUCCCCCAUCAACAUGCUCUACUUCAACGGGAAAGAACAAAUCAUAUACGGCAAGAUACCGGCCAUGGUUGUAGAUCGCUGCGGGUGCUCGUGA